GAAGCGCUUUUUGAAUCUAAGUGGAGGAGCCCUGGGAGGGGUGUGAGAGAGAUGGCAUCCUGGGUCUCUGAGCCACCUGCUCCUCUUUGAACCAGACAAGGGUCGGGAGCCAGACAGGGGCAGCAUCAGCAGCACUUCAGAGGCUGUUCUCUAAGAACAUGAAGCUCAAGAAAACUGACUGCCUUCUCACCUUGUACCUCAGUUCGUCACUGCUCAUCUGCAUAAAGAAUUCAUUUUGCAAUAAAAACAAUACCAGGUGUCUCUCAAAUUCCUGCCAAAACAAUUCUAUGUGCAAGAGUUUUCCACAAGACAACAAUUGUUGCUCAGGCACAGCCAAUAAUUUGGACAAAGACUGUGAAGAUCUGGAAGAUCCUUGCUUCUCCAGUCCCUGCCAAGGAAUUGCCACUUGUGUGAAUACCCCAGAAAAAGGGGGCUUCCUGUGCCAAUGUCCUCCUGGGUACAGUGGGUUGACCUGUGAAACUGCCACCGAUUCCUGUGGCGGGAACUCCUGCCAACAUGGAGGCACCUGCCACAAAGGCCCUGAUCACCUUGUCUGCAUCUGCCCUGCUGGAUAUGCUGGAAGGUUCUGUGAGACAGAGCACAAUGACUGUGCAUCCAGCCCUUGCCACAAUGGGGCUGUGUGCCAGGAUGCCCUCAACGGCUACUCCUGCUUCUGUGUGCCCGGAUACCAAGGCAGGCAUUGUGACUUGGAAGUGGAUGAAUGUGUUUCUGAUCCCUGCAUGAAUGCGGCUGUAUGCCUCAAUGAGAUAGGAAGGUACACUUGUGUCUGUCCUCAAGAGUACUCUGGCGUGAACUGUGAGCUGGAAAUUGACGAAUGUGGAUCCCAGCCGUGUCUACAUGGUGCUACAUGUCAGGACGCUCUCGGGGCUUACUUCUGUGAGUGUGCACCUGGAUUCCUUGGAGACCACUGUGAACUCAACUUUGAUGAAUGUGCCAGUCAGCCGUGUCUCCAUGGAGGUCUCUGCGUGGAUGGAGGAAACAGCUACUACUGUGACUGCACAGGUAGUGGCUUCACAGGGACACACUGUGAGACUUUGAUGCCUCUUUGUUGGUCAAAGCCUUGUCACAAUGAUGCGAUAUGUGAGGACACUGUUGACAGCUACAUUUGUCACUGCUGGCCUGGAUACACAGGUGCCCUGUGUGAGACGGACAUAAAUGAAUGCAGUAGCAACCCCUGCCAAUUUGGAGGGCAAUGCGCCGAGCUGUCCUCGCAGGAUCUGUACGGACACACUGCUGGCUUGCCUCCCUCCUUCAGCCACCUUGGAGCCUCAGGCUACGUUUGUAUCUGUCAGCCUGGAUUCACAGGGAUCCACUGUGAAGAAGACAUUGAUGAAUGCUUACCAAACCCUUGCCAGAACGGUGGUACUUGUGAGAACCUGCCUGGCAACUAUACGUGUCACUGCCCCUUUGAUGACAUUUCUCAGACGUUUUACGGAGGAGAGGACUGCUCUGAAGUUCUCCUGGGCUGCACUGAUCACCAGUGUCUGAAUAACGGAACAUGUGUCCCUUACUUCCAUAAUGGCCGGCAUGGGUUCAGCUGCCAGUGCCCUUCUGGCUAUGCUGGGCCACUGUGUGAAACUGUCACCACACUUUCUUUUGAGAGCAAUGGCUUCCUGUGGGUCACAAGUGACUCACAAACAGCCAAAGGUUCAGGAUGUACCAUGUCCUUGAGGUUUCAGACUGUUCAGCCAAACACACUUCUCCUUUUCCGAGGCAACAGCAAUGUGUCUAUGAAGCUGGAGUUGCUAAAUGGCUUUGUUCACCUAUCAGUCGAAGUCUGGAAGCAGCCAAAGGUGCUCCUCCAUAUUUCCCACAACACCAGUGAUGGAGAAUGGCAUUUGGUGGAAGUGACAUUUGCAGAAACUGUAACCCUUGCCCUGACUGUCAGCUCCUGCGAGGGGAAAUGCACCACUAAGUCUUCUUUGCCAGCUGAGAAUCAUCGAUCAAUAUGUGCUCUUCAGAACUCUUUUUUGGGUGGCCUACCUACGGGAACAGCCAGCAAUGGCGUGUCUGUGCUUAACGUCUCUAACGUGCCGUCCGCACCUUCCUUUGUAGGCUGUCUCCAAGAUAUUAAAUUUGAUUUGAAUCCCGUCACUCUGGAGAACAUUCCAUCUGGCUUAUCACGAAAUGUCAAAGCCGGCUGCGUGAGAUGGGACUGGUGUGAAAGUCAACCUUGUCAAAACAGAGGACGCUGCAUCAACUUGUGGCAGGGCUAUCAGUGUGAAUGUGACAGGCCCUAUACAGGCUCCAGCUGCCUGAAAGAGUAUGUAGCAGGCAGAUUUGGCCAGGAUGACUCCCCCGGAUAUGCCAUCUUUAACCUUAAUGAUAAUUAUGGACAGAACUUCAGCCUCUCCAUGUUUGUCCGAACACGUCACCCACUGGGACUACUUCUGGCACUGGAAAAUGUCACCGACCAGUAUGUCCACAUCUGGCUAGAGCAUGGCAACCUGGCACUUCAGACUCCAGGCUCCCCAAAGUUACUUGUAAAUUUUUUUGUUAGUGAUGGAAAUGCCCACUUAAUAUCUUUGAAAAUCAAACCAAAUGAAAUCGAACUGUAUCAGUCUUCACAGAGCCUAGGGUUAAUUUCUGUUCCUACAUGGACAAUUCAAAGAGGAGAUCUCCUCUUCAUCGGUGGCCUGCCUGACAGCAAACAGACUGAAGUAUAUGGUGGCUCCUUCAAAGGCUGUAUUCAAGAUGUAAGAUUAAAUAACCAACAUCUGGAAUUCUUUCCCAGUUCAACAAACCAGGCAUAUCAUGAUCCAGUUCUUGUCAAUGUGACUCAAGGCUGUCCUGGAGACAAUGUCUGCAAGUCCAACCCCUGUCAUAAUGGAGGUGUCUGCCAUUCCCUGUGGGAUGACUUCUCCUGUUCCUGCCCUACAAACACGGCAGGGAAAGCCUGCGAGGAAGUUCAGUGGUGUCAGCUCCGCCCAUGUCCUCCCAGUGCACGCUGCCAGCUGGUCCCACGAGGGUUUGAAUGUAUUGCAAAUGCUGUUCUCAGUGAAUUAACGAGAGAAAUAAUGUUCAGAAGCAAUGGGAAUAUUACCAGAGAACUCACCAAUAUCACAUUUGGUUUCAGAACACAUGAUAGAAAUGUGAUGAUACUGCAUGCAGAAAAAGAGCCCGAGUUUCUGAAUAUUAGCAUCCAGGACUCCAGGUUACUCUUUCAGUUGAAAAGCGGCAACAGCUUUGACAUUGUGCAUCUGAUGAGUUUGCAAUUGGUGAACGAUGGCGCCUGGCACCGAGUGACGUUUUGCAUGACAGACCCGCUGGCCCAGGCCUCCCGGUGGCAAAUGGAGGUGGACAACCAGAUACCUUUUGUGAUCAGUGCAGUUGCCACUGGAAGCCUGAACUUUCUGAAGGACAAUACGGACAUCUAUGUGGGUGGUCGAGCUAUUGAUAAUACAAUAGGCCUGCGGGGCUGUCUGAGCACAAUAGAAAUUGGAGGAAUAUAUCUCUCUUACUUUGAAAAUCUUCGUAGCAAGCCUCAGGAAGAGCAGUUUCUCAAAGUUUCUACAAAUGCGGUACUUACUGGCUGCUUGCCAUUAAAUGCCUGCCACUCCAGCCCCUGUUUGCAUGGAGGAAACUGUGAAGACAGCUACGGCUCUUAUCAAUGUGCCUGUCUCUUGGGAUGGUCAGGGACACACUGUGAAAUCAACAUCGAUGAGUGCUUUUCUAGCCCCUGUAUCCAUGGCAACUGCUCUGAUGGAGUGGCAGCCUACCACUGCAGGUGUGAGUCUGGGUACACUGGUGUGGACUGUGAAGUGGAUGUUGACCACUGCAAGGGUCACCAGUGUGCAAAUGGGGCCACCUGCGUCGGAGGGGCUCAUGGCUAUUCCUGCCUCUGUGUUGGGAAUUUCUCAGGGAGAUUUUGCAGACACAGGAGAUUACCCUCAACAGUCUGUGGGAAUGAGGAGACAAACCUCACUUGCUACAAUGGAGGCAACUGCACUGAGUUCCAGGAGGGCUGGGAAUGUCUGUGCCGGCCAGGUUUCACCGGAAAGUGGUGUGAAGAGGACAUCAAUGAGUGUGCCUCUGAUCCCUGCAUCCACGGAGGCCUGUGCAGGGACUUGGUCAACAGAUUCCAGUGCAUCUGUGAUGUGGCCUUUGCAGGCGAGCGCUGCGAGCUGGAUUUGGCUGACGACAGGCUCGUGGGCAUUUUCACCGCCGUUGGCUCAGGGACGUUGGCCCUGUUACUCAUCCUCUUGCUUGCUGUGGUUGCUUCGCUUAUCGCCUCCAACAAAAGGGCAACUCAAGGCACCUACAGCCCCAGCGGCCAGGAGAAGGCUGGCUCCCGAGUGGAAAUGUGGAGCAGAGUGCCGCCCCCAGCACUGGAAAGGCUCAUCUAGCAGCUGCUCUCAGGAAGGAGCCGAACACCAUGAGCGCCCAUCCUGCCUGAGUGUCGGUUUUACUUCAGAAAAGAUACUUAUACCUGGGAUCCCACUGGGACUGUGCGAAGGAUUCCCAUAGUUGCCUUAUAGACCUUGGGGCAUGGGGGAGUGAGGUUAGAUUAUGUUAGCCAUUCAGAGAAGAGUGUCUCUGUGUCAUGCGUGUCAGCCUCAGAAUUAGCCAAACAUCUUCCAGACAGAGAACACUGUGUUUUAGAAAAAAACUUCGGGGGCUACUACCCCUUAAACUCUUUACUGGGUAAUCCAGAGAAAAUGCUUAGUAGCCAAGUGCCCUUCAUUAUAUAGAACCAAGAAGAAAAAUUAGAAUACAACCUUCACUUUCUCUUUAUUUUGUAGGGAAGGGCUUUGUUGUUGUUGUUUGGUUUUGCCAGUGGCUCACUAUGCAGACCAAGCUCGCCUCAAAAUCACGUGGACCCCCUUUGCUCAGCCUCCUCUGUUUGGAAUUGUAUGUGUCCGACACCAGUCAGCUUGGUUUUGAAUUACCUAUCACACGGUAAACGAUUCUAAUGGGGCCUGAGGAGAAAACUCACUUCAUAAAGCACAUGCCAGGCAAGUGUGAGAACUGGAGUUUGGGUCCCCAUUUGCCACAUAAGUGCCAGGAGAGUGUAGCCCCUGCCUGUCGUACUAGGCCUCAGGAGGUAGAGAUGGCAGGGGUCACUGCAGCAAGCUGGCUAAAGCAUUAGGGCAGGUGAGCUCUGGCUUCGAGUGAGAGACCCUGGCUCAAUGUGAAAGGUAAAUAGUGAAGAAGACACUAUGUCAACCUCUUGCCUAUACACACAUGCUCACCCACUUAUGUGCAUGCCCAAACACGAGAACAUGCAUACAUACAUACACACCACACAUAGAAUCACAACACACACACACACACACACACAGGUUUAACUGUGUGUAGCGAUAGCAAUGAGAGGUAUACCUUGGUCUUUCAAUCAUAGAUUUGGAGAAAGCCACGGGAAAGACGCAUGGUUUAAAACAUGACCCAA